GCCCUCCGGCUCUGCCUCCAGCUCUGCUUCUGCCUGGCCGCGGCGGCUGCCCACCAGCCGGCUCUUGCCCCCGUUCUUUGCCUCUCGUUUUGUUGGUGAAGAUAGCACAGUGAUGUCUGCAUUCAACCUGCUGCAUCUGGUGACAAAGAGCCAGCCAGUGGCCCAGCGAGCCUGUGGGCUCCCCUCAGGGUCAUGCAGGGAUAGAAAGAACUGUAAGGUGGUCUUUUCCCAGCAGGAACUUAGGAAGCGACUGACACCCUUGCAGUACCAUGUCACUCAGGAGAAAGGAACUGAGAGUGCCUUUGAAGGAAAAUAUACAAGUCAUAAAGAUCAUGGAAUGUACAAAUGUGUUGUAUGCGGGACUCCUUUAUUCAAUUCAGAAACCAAAUAUGACUCUGGUUCAGGUUGGCCCUCAUUCCAUGAUGUGAUAAAUUCGGAUGCAAUUACAUUCACUGAUGACUUUUCCCAUGGGAUGCAUAGGGUUGAAACAAGCUGCUCUCAGUGUGGUGCUCACCUUGGGCAUGUUUUCGAUGACGGGCCCCGACCAACUGGCAAAAGAUACUGCAUAAAUUCUGCUUCCUUGUCUUUCACUCCUGCAGAGAAUGGUAACGCCGAAGACAACAGUGUCAGCAUCCCUACUGAAGCUGGCAAAAUGGAGCUGUAGAAUGAAAUUCGAUAUGAGACAACGAUCUUACCAGUUAGUAGGGGAAAAAAAAUCAAAAUUGUCUACUACUAUCUUAUUUCAUAUAUGCAUAUAUAUUUUUCAAACAUAGAAGGGCAGUUUGUGCUAUUGAUGUUUUCUUUCUCCUCUUCCUUUUUGCUUAAACAGAGAAAGGCCUUAGACAUGAGUAUAUUUUGCCAUUAAUGAAAAUCUUAACUAUUUGUAUGUAGAUUGGGGGAAAAGAGAUAGUUUUGAGAAUGCCUUAUCACUAGAUAUUUGAGUACUAAGCUGCAAUACUUUCUUAAAAGUGAAUUUAAAGAAUCUCUCCCUUGCAUAAGAAGAAAAGGGCAAUUUGGCCUCCAGACUCCAAAUUAGAGCACUCCAGUGUCAAUGCAAUUUGAAGAGAACUGAACCUGGAUAGUGAGUUCAGACCUGCAAGACAGAUGGCCUUAGGGCAUUUGUAUAGAUCUAUUGAAGAUAAGGAUAGAGUGAUGCCUUACCAUACUUGUAGGCUUUGUGGAAAGUUUGAGCUAAGGCAGUUUAUUCCCACUAAAAUGGUGUGAAGUUCUAAAGUCUUUCCUUAUGUUAAAUUGCUGCCAAAUCUGAGAGGGUACAGGGAGUAUCGUGGGAGGGGGAAGUAAACAUUAUGUCACUUUCAUGCCUUUAUUUUAUUUUCCAUUGAAAACAUUGGAAUGCAAGACAAACGUAAAACUUUGGGCUCCAUUUUGCUCAAGGUUCACGCUGAAAAACACCUGCCAUGGCUUUUUCAGAAGUCCCCCCUUCCACACCCAACACCAGCUGCAACCGAGACAACAGUUUGGGAAACUUGAACUGCUUAAAUUAAAAUAUUGGGAAUGGGAAGCUUCAAACCAAAGUAGGGGAUGUGAUGGAAAAAUGAAGGGAUACACUGAGGACUGGAACCUUUGCAUGGCGGAUCAUGCUUGGGCAGACAGGGCAUGGGACAACUCACCAGGGCCCUAUACAUGUGCUACCAUCCAAGAGGGUUCAGGGCCACUCUAUAAAUGUGGAUGUGAGAUUAGUGGGAUUAAAGCAGGAAGUCAGGAAUUAGGUGUCUUAGAUUCCAGUCCCAUACUUGUCAUUGGUCUGCUCUUUGUUAAACAUUACUAUAUUUAUGCCUGCGUCCCCAUGUGUGAAAUGGGAAUUAAAGCAUAUGUAAAGUGCACUGAAAUCCUCAGGGCAAAAGCACUAUAUUGCUGUAUAAUUAAUAAAAAUAUUAAUAAUAAUAGCUAGCAUUUAUGUAGUGCUUUAAGGUUUGCAAAGUGCUUUACAU